GGGACAACUAGGUUUUAAGGAAAGGGUUUGAACGCAGCAACUUGAAGCGUCAUAAAGCGAUGGCAUCGGCUGAGCUGCGCUUCCUGCAGUGGCUACGGGACAACGGCGCGACGUUCCCGAAGUUAGAGUGGCCGGUGACAACGCCCAAUGGACUGCGUGGCGCGGUGGCCACCGAGACCAUCACUACAGGUGAACCUAUGCUCUGCAUCCCUCGGCGACUGCUCAUUUCGGAGGAAUUGUGCUGGCAAGACCCUCAGCUUGGCCCCGUGUUCAGGGACAACCGCGACGUCUUUACGCGUGACGAUCCCGUUAUGGUGCUCUUCAUUGUACGCGAGCUUCUGUUAAAAGAAAGCUCCUUCUUUCAUCCAUACCUGUCCAUCCUGCCGUACCCCGAAAGCGUGCAGGACUGGACGCAUGACGAGCUCCAUGAACUGUACGACGAGCGACUCGUAGACGCAGCGGCACGACGCUCAUCCGAGGUUAGUAUAUACUACCGACGGGUGCUCACGAGGCUGCAGGAAAAAUACCCGGGCGAGUUCCCAGAGACGCUCUACACCUUCGACAAGUUUAAGUUUGCAUGGAAGACGAUCCAAGCAAGGACAUUUGGGCGGAGACUGCCCUGGACAGCUCUCGUACCGUUCGCAGACUGCCUCAACCACAAUAAUGUCUCCACUAAGUAUGACUUUGACGUGAACGACAAUGGACUGUUUCGGCUGUAUCCGUCGGCCGCCACGAGCUUCGUGAAAGGUGCAGAGGUGUUCAACUCAUACGGCCGUCGAUCCAACUUCCAGCUGAUGCUCGACUAUGGCUUUGCACUGACCGACAAUGAAUGGGACUACGUCGAUGUCGAAAUUGAUAAGGAUCGUGCUGGUCCGCGCGGCAAGAAGCUGCGCUUCAUGAAACGAGUGAUCCGUAUUGACCGCCAGAGCUCGCUGGACGAGUUGUUCCCACCCAACUUCCUUGCGGCGCUCACAGAUCCGUUGCCAGACGAGGACCAAAGUGAAGCUGCCGCAGAGUUUUCUGAGCAAACAGCCCUGCGCGAUGCCUUGCGAUGGCUCCGCGACAUUCUAGUAGAAACGAUUGCGCAGUGGGGAACUGCUGAACAUGAUGAACAACUCCUGCAAGAAGAUGUUUCCGAUCGUCUCUGUGCGGCUAUCACCUACAGGACUGGGAGGCGACAAAUCGUGCAGACAGUUCUCGCACAAAUAGGCAGGAAGCUAGAGAUUAUCCGAAAGGAAAUAGGAACCAACACACGGUCGAUAGACGAAGAGAUCGUAGGCAAACUGGAAGGCCUUACCAUUCCAGUCAGUGAUUAAAAGAAUCGGCUAAGUGAACGACCCCUGUAGCGGCUGAUAGAAGCUACAGUCUGCAGCUCUGGUGAAUAGUAUCCAAGAGAUCGUUUUUCUUUUGCAGAGAAUCCAACGUGAACACACGAGUUUCUGUUAAGCACAAACCAAAAAGAAAAUUUGUUGCGGU